CGUUGCUGAGGAAAGUGACUGACCAACGAGGGAAAGUGGCACCGGCCAGCUAGCGAUCCCUGACCGCCCGCCGCCAACAUCCAAAUCUUCAAAACAACCUCUUCAUUGCCCCUCCACUCAACCCGUCCCUCUCUUCCCCACUCUCUACUAAAGAGACUUUGCGCAUUUCACACCACAUACCCCACCACAACAGACCGCGAUCAUGGCCGAAGCAAGCGGCACCGUCCCUACCUUCAAGCUUGUGCUUGUCGGUGACGGUGGAACAGGAAAGACCACCUUCGUCAAGCGCCAUUUGACUGGAGAGUUCGAGAAGAAGUACAUUGCGACCCUCGGUGUCGAGGUCCACCCUCUCGGUUUCACUACCAACCUUGGACAGAUCCAGUUCGACGUCUGGGACACAGCCGGUCAGGAGAAGUUCGGUGGUCUCCGUGAUGGAUACUACAUCAACGGACAGUGCGGUAUCAUCAUGUUCGAUGUUACUUCGCGUAUCACAUACAAGAAUGUUCCCAACUGGCACCGUGACCUCGUCCGUGUUUGCGAGAACAUCCCCAUCGUCCUGACCGGUAACAAGGUCGACGUCAAGGAGCGCAAGGUCAAGGCCAAGUCCAUCACCUUCCACCGCAAGAAGAACCUCCAGUACUACGACAUCUCCGCCAAGUCGAACUACAACUUCGAGAAGCCCUUCCUCUGGCUUGCCAGGAAACUCGUCGGCAACCAGACCCUGGAAUUUGUCGCCGCCCCCGCUCUGGCUCCUCCCGAGGUCCAGGUCGACCAGGCUGUUCUCGAGCAGUACCAAAAGGAGAUGCAGGACGCCGCCCAGAUGCCCCUGCCCGAUGAGGAUGAUGCCGACUUGUAGAUACGACGAUCAACUCGCGUCGAGUCCUCCCGCAUGGCUCGCGCGCAAUAAUGGGUGCACGACAUGGUUUACGGAAUUUAGCGAUCUGAAAUAAGUCGAUUGGGCAGCAUCAUGAGCUCCGGACAUUCUAAGCGAAAAUGAAGACGGGCAAUGAAUGAUGGAGGAGUAUCGAACCGGGGCGCCAGGCUAGCUGGCCUUUCCGAUGAACGAAUACAUUAGACGACUUUGGUUUCAACGGCUUUGUCUCACCGUGCACCAAGUGAUCGAGUGAACAGGACAAAUACGCUUUGAUGUCAUGUUUGAGUGGUAACAGGGGACUACAAUACUGGGUUCUGUCUGCGAUACGCAAACUGCUUCAAUCGAUGACCGCACCUCAUUAGACAACAUUUACGACUUGUUUACACCGUAAAUUGUAUUCUCGUUGCUGUUUUUCUGCGCCUGCUGACCAGAAGGACAUGGAACGCCC